CAUCCUCCUCCCCCCCUGCGGUGCUCGGUGGAGAGGAGUGUUCAUACUCGGUGGCGGAGAGAGUCCUGUUAACUGAGGUGAUCUGACACACCGAAGAGACGCAGUCAAUGAGGGAGCAAACCGAGGAGUGAGCCGGUGUGUGCGCAGUCCAAAAAACACCCUCUGAAAGCGAGGGUGACGAGAAGGGGAAAUAAGAUUAAUCCACUCCCUGCCCUGACAAGGAAACAACUCUGCAAAUAUGGGGAACCGGGGGAUGGAGGAUCUGAUUCCUCUGGUGAACCGCAUGCAGGAUGCCUUCUCCUCAAUCGGGCAAAACGCAAACCUGGACCUGCCGCAGAUCGCAGUGGUGGGCGGCCAGAGCGCAGGGAAGAGCUCUGUGCUGGAGAACUUCGUCGGGAAGGAUUUCCUUCCCCGUGGCUCAGGCAUUGUGACUCGUCGUCCUUUGGUUCUGCAGCUGAUGAACUGUCCGACAGAGUAUGCUGAGUUUCUCCACUGUAAGGGCAAAAAGUUCAUAGAUUUCGAUGAGGUCCGGCAGGAGAUCGAGGCAGAGACUGAUCGCAUCGCAGCCAAUAAGGGCAUCUCCGCUGUGCCCAUCAACCUGCGCGUCUACUCCCCUAAUGUGUUGAACCUCACGCUGGUGGAUCUGCCCGGGAUGACCAAGGUGCCGGUGGGCGACCAGCCGGCAGACAUUGAGGCACAGAUCAGAGAAAUGCUGUUUCAGUUUGUCACCAAAGAGAACUGCCUGAUGCUGGCUGUGUCCCCGGCCAACUCUGAUCUGGCCAACUCUGACGCUUUAAAGAUUGCCAAAGAGGUCGACCCUCAGGGUAUGAGGACCAUCGGUGUGAUCACCAAGCUGGACCUGAUGGACGAGGGGACGGAUGCAAAGGAAAUCCUGGAGAAUAAGCUGCUUCCACUCAGGAGGGGUUAUAUUGGUGUGGUCAACCGGAGCCAAAAGGACAUAGAUGGAAAGAAGGACAUUAAUGCUGCUAUGGCUGCUGAGAGGAAAUUCUUCCUCUCCCACCCUUCAUAUAGACACCUGGCUGACCGUAUGGGCACUCCCUACCUACAGAAAGUUCUCAAUCAGCAACUGACCAACCACAUCCGCGACACCCUGCCAGGUCUGCGGGCCAAACUGCAGAGUCAACUGCUCUCCAUAGAGAAGGAAGUGGAGGAGUACAAGAACUUCAGACCUGACGAUCCAUCUCGCAAGACCAAGGCUCUGCUCCAGAUGGUGCAGCAGUUCUCCGUGGACUUUGAGAAGUGUAUAGAGGGCUCCGGAGACCAGAUCGACACAGCCGAGCUGUCUGGUGGUGCCAGAAUCAAUCGCAUUUUCCACGAACGUUUCCCCUUCGAGCUUGUCAAGAUGGAGUUUGACGAGAAAGAGCUCCGCAAGGAGAUCAGCUACGCCAUCAAGAACAUCCACGGAAUCAGAACUGGCCUCUUCACUCCGGACAUGGCCUUUGAGACCAUUGUGAAAAGGCAGAUUGGGAAGAUUAAAGAGCCUUGCACCAAAUGUGUGGACAUGGUCAUUUCUGAACUAGUCGGUACGGUUAGGCAGUGUACCAAGAAGCUGGCCCAGUAUCCACAGCUAAGAGAGGAGAUGGAGAGAAUCGUCACCCAGCAUAUUAGGGACCGGGAAAGCCGCACUAAAGGACAGGUUUUGCUGUUGAUAGACAUUGAGUUGUCCUACAUGAACACCAACCAUGAGGACUUCAUUGGAUUUGCCAAUGCUCAGCAGAGGAUCAACCAGAUGAACAAGAAGAAAGCAUCUGGAAACCAGGUGAUCCGGAAGGGAUGGCUGACCAUCAACAACAUCGGAAUCAUGAAGGGAGGAGCCAAAGAGUACUGGUUUGUCCUCACUGCUGAGUCCCUGUCCUGGUACAAAGAUGAUGAGGAGAAAGAGAAGAAGUACAUGCUGCAGGUGGACAACCUGAAGCUGCGUGAUGUGGAGAAAGGCUUCAUGUCCAGCAAGCACAUCUUUGCCCUCUUCAACACUGAACAGAGGAAUGUGUACAAGGACUACCGUCAGCUGGAGCUGGCCUGCGAGGGUCAGGAGGAUGUGGAUGCCUGGAAAGCUUCCUUCCUCAGAGCUGGAGUUUACCCAGAACGUGUCGUGAGUGAAGGUAGUGAUGAAAAUGGCUCUGACAGCUUGAUGCACAGCAUGGACCCUCAGCUGGAGCGACAAGUAGAGACCAUCCGCAACCUGGUUGACUCCUACAUGGCCAUCGUCAACAAGACCGUCCGCGACUUGAUGCCGAAGACCAUCAUGCACCUCAUGAUUAACAAUACUAAAGAGUUCAUAAACGCUGAUCUGCUGGCCCAGCUGUACUCAUGUGGUGACCAAAACACGCUGAUGGAGGAGUCUCAGGAGCAAGCCACACACCGUGAUGAGAUGCUAAAGAUGUUCUUCGCUCUGAAAGAGGCCCUCAGCAUCAUCGGUGACAUCAGCACAUCCACCAUCAGCACGUCCAUGCCGCCUCCUGUGGAUGACUCCUGGCUGCAGGUGCAGCGUGGUGGAUCUGGAGGAAGGUCUCCAGCCACUAGUCCUACUCCAAACCGACGGGCUCCACCAGGACCUCCAGGCCGUCCAGUGUCUCGUGGGCCUCCACCUGGACCUCCUCCUGCUGGGGGACCCCCUGUACCCUCACGCCCUGGGGCUUCUCCUGACCCUUACAGCGGGCCUCCGCCAACUGUGCCCUCCCGGCCAAACCGUGCACCCCCAAGUGUCCCCAGUCGGAGACCCCCACCUUCUCCAACCCACUAGACCUCUGACCUCCUUCCUCCCCCCAUCCGUUCCUCCGUCUAUUUAUCCAAGAGGCCGUGGACAACAGGGCCACCUACCUUUCGUCCUCCUCUGUCACACCUGACCUGAGCCGGCUCUCUUCUCCUGAACCCUUACAACAAGCCAAGUCACUCUUUCUCUCCCAAAUCCUCCAACAACCCCCACCCCUAUACCACUACACACACACACGCACACACACAUACACCUGUUUAACACAGAGAUGCUGCAAAAUACUUGAAACACACAUGCAUGACUGACUUGUGAACAUGCUGCACCCUCAGAUAUUUAAACAAACUCUGUAGAGAAUAUAAAAUCAAAACAAAUCCGUGAGUGUAGGUGCACAUGUGCAUGAACACCUGUUAUCAUUAACACACGUAUAUUUAUGGUUUAUAUGUAAACAAGUGGAUACAUACAGAAUACAUAUCCCUGCAAAUGAAGCAUGACACUUUGCCUACUACAGCCUUUAUUAACGGUGUUUUGGCUGCAGACUUGAUCAUGUUUAUCCAGUCAGUUUUUUAAAUGUAUGACCUUACUGUUCUUUUAUGUUUCUUCCUGAUUUUAUUUGUACAUAAAGGAAUGCUCCACCAAAAAAAGUUUUUUUUUUUGAGGUUUCUAACUCCUCUUGUAUUGCCUUUCCUGCUUAAAAAGAAGUUCUUAAUCAAGUGUCUUCAGGGUUGCUACUUUCAGAUUUGAAAGGACACUGAAGUGAAUCAGAAUGUGCAAAUUAUUUUUUGUGACAUUUUACGUUGUACAAUUUAUUGAGCAGCUGGAUACCACUGAUGUUGUUUUCACAUUCAUUUCUUUUUGUAAAAACUUUACGGACGUUCAUGCUCUUUGUGAAGUCAUGGGGAAGUGCUUAUUUUUGUUGUAGCUAUAAGAGCUGUUAGACGAUGAAUUUGUGAGGCAUUCCUGUGGGGUCUCCACAUCUUUAUGAUACGGCGAGGUUUCAUCCCAACAUGUUGAGGUGUUUUUAUUUACACACUAUUUACUCUUUUGCUUGUUGAGAGCUCCCUGUUAGCCCUCAAAGCUCUUUCAAAUCUCUCUAUCGCCUGGUCUAGUCAUACGCUUUAUGAUUCCCCAACAUCACCCAUCAACUAUGAAUCAGACUGCACCAUCAAAGAUGCCUGGAUGGAGCAGCGCUGCUUCUCCUCGUCUUUUCUUUCCCUCCUCCUUUGUCUUUUUGUCACUUAAUUCACACACAAUUGAACUAUCAUGUUUUAACUGAGUCAUUUUCAGUUGACAGGCGUACAUAUCACAUUAUGUCACAUAAUGACCACUUCUGAAAAGCGCUGCUGUCUAUGCUUCCACAGAACCUAUGCAAAAAAGAAAAUGAUUACUCAGCAUUAUUUUCGGCUUGAAGGGGUGCCUCCCACAACACUGUUCCUCCUCUCAUCUUUGCAAAAGCACGGUUACUGUGUUAUCUUAUUGAGGCGGGAUUGAAAUUAAAAGUGCAAUAUAUAGAAUGUCCCUCUGCUAGCGGCUGAAUGACAGCAGUCACAUAAGAACUAGGGUUCAUUGUAAAUUGAGAGAAAAGGAAAUCUGUGGCCUGGGUUGCACCCUUAGACUGUUAGAGCGCUCCUUAUACGUUCUUUUGUAUUCAGAGGUAUUGAAGUCCCUAAUGGGAAAGGGUUUUUAGAAAUUUGGAGCGUGUUUCUAAGUCAGCUUCAACCACGUUCACCACAUUAACAUGACGGUCUUUUUCCUCUGAAUUAACACUCAGGGUACGAGGCUCAGAUGCGAUAUAAAUAUCGUACUGCUGUUUUCCAGGUUGCAAAAAUUCUAGCAUUGUAGUGAAAAUGACAAAUCCUCAUAAAUCAGCAUUGAGAAGUAAAAUUGUGUUGCCACAGUGAGCCACAUGUCAAAGUAAAACCACAUAUAUACCUGUUUAGUACUAUCAAGGUGUUUUUCGACCAGAGGAACUGGUGGACCCAGGGUCUAAAUUUAGUUCAGUAGUUCUGGGGGCUAAAAGACCUUAGAACUCUUGGUUGAAAUGCACCUUUAGGCAACAAGUUAGCAUUCAGCUUAUUCCCUACUUAAAUCACUGUUUGAUAGUUCUUUAGUCCUUUCUUAGAUUAGGCCUUUGGGUCGCCAUCAAACGUAUAUGUUAGCUAGCUAUUUAGAAACGUGAAUGUUAGCUAGAAGAGUGAGUGUUUGCUAAAAAGGUGAAUGUUUGUAAGAAAAAUGAAUGUAAGCAAAGACAGGAAAUGUUAGCUAGAAACAUGAAUGUUAGCUAGCAAUAUCUCAGCUAGCUCGGAAGUGUUGAAUGCUAAGGGUAGCUAUUUGGUUAUUAAAGCUGCUGUUGGUAGUCACAGAGUAAACAUCUGUUCAGAGAGAGGGACUUCGAAUGUCAACACUUUCCCUCCCAACCAGAUUUCCUCUUAGCCCCCCAACCCAGAUCGGCGUGUGCAGUCAUGAUAGUGCUGGACUCAUAACCAAUCGGAGGACGUAGUAGGGGCCACCCCUUAACCAAUCAGGACAGAGGAUUGAUGAUUAGCUGUGAUUGGUUCGUCAUAACGGGAACGAAGGGAAUAAUAACAUUGCUUGAUACAAAGGCAUUGGAAAACGAAGAGAUUUUGCAAUAGUCUCAAAUUACUCCACUUACCGAUGAGUACCGAUGAGCAUUAUGACCUUUUGUCCAAACCAGGCAGAAAAAAGCUAAAACAUUUUUACACCAUUCCUACAAACAGCAGCUUUAACUAUGGAGUUUUAACUUGAAAUAUGGCCCACUGUCCCUCCAGAUAAUCUCUAUUUCUUGGCAGUACAGUUGCUGAGUAAAAAACAUCAACAUUGAUCUCUGAAACUCAGCACCUUUAAAAAUAUGUCUACAUUUAUGCGCCUUAACUCGCAAAACAGCAGUGCAAUAUGUUAGCACCAUUUUACCUUCUCUCCCUGAGCAUAAAAUCAGAAGAAAAUCUUAGCAGUGUGAAUAAACAUCAAAUCUCCUGAUGCAUCUACAGCAUUUUGCUCUGCCAUUCAUUUUGUGUUUUCUCCCCCCUCUUUUUCAUCCUUUUCUUUCUUCUCUCAGUGGUCACGGGGGUGAGUGAGAACAUGAAAACAGCCAGUCUAUGCAUAAAACUAUCAAUCGCUCCUCCUGUCUCCACCUCAUGAUGCUGUCUUAAGAGCCUGUGAUCUGAACCCGUCUUUUCACUACCUGUUCUGCCACUGAACUCCUCUGUCAGUGUGAUGUGUUGUAUUUUGACCCAGACUAAAAAAAAAACAACUAACAACCCACCAGCCUCAAAAUCCCAUAUCUGUACCUCAACUGAUGUCAUUGUAGUCUUAAACCACCCCCCUUGUGAAUCCUUGUACUACACAACCGCAACACAAACACAACAAAGUAUAUCCUCCUUAUUAUUUAACAGGAAAUAGUUUAUUAUGGACAUAUCUAAAUGUGUCAUUAUGUAUAUGUGUGGUGCAUCUUCUGGGACUUUACCUCCCCUGUUUAGAGAUUUUAGUCUGCCAUGUAUGAAAUUGCUGAAUAUUUAAAUUAUUAUGAAUAAAUGAGUAUGUGUAUAAGGGAAUAAUAUUAAAGAAAAACUUCUAAAAAAAAAAGUGUAAUGCAGUGAAAAUUCUGAAUGUUGGCAGUUUGUUUGAUACUUUAGUUGGUAGCAGAGGGUUUUUUUGUUUGUUUUUCUUGUCUCUCUCUCUCAGGGAGAGACGGUGUGAAUGUGUGAACUCCUGCGGCCAACAGGCCCUGCAUCUUGUUCAAGCUGCUGUGGAUGAAAUGAUAACUUUGCCCUGCAGGACUGCCAUGCUUUGUCAACACAUUAAAAAAUGUCAGUGUACCUG